AUGGUCCGCAAGCUCCAAGUCGCUGUCUCUGGCCUCGGCCGUAUGGGCGCUCGCCACGCUCUGCACUUCCUUGACCGCACACCUCGCGCAGAGCUCGUAGCAGCAUGCGAUCCAGACCCAAAAGCAUUGGCAUGGGCCAAGCAGCGCCUGGAGCCAUUCGGCGUCAAGAUUUACAGCGAUUUCGACGAGAUGCUCAAGCACGAGGGCCUCGAGGCUGUCGUUGUUGCAGGUAUCACCACAGAGCACGCACCACAAUCCAUCCGAGCAAUUGACGCAAACAAGCACGUCCUUUGCGAGAAGCCACUCUCGACCAGCCUCGAGAUCUGCGAGGGUGUCGUUGAAGCAGCGAAGCAGAAGCCAGAGCUCACUGUCAUGUGUGGCUUCUCCCGACGAUUCGACGCCAGUUACAGAGACGCAGCCAGCAAGGUCGAGUCCGGCAACAUUGGCCGUGUAUCAGUGAUCCGAUCGCAGACUGCCGACAAGCACAGAGACGACGACUACUUCGUCCAAUACGCCAAGCAUUCUGGCGGUAUCUUCGUCGACGCCAACAUUCACGACAUCGAUCUCGCCUUCUGGUACUUCGGCUCAGACAGCAUCGUCAAGAGCGUCACAGCCGUCGGCAUCAACGCCCGUCUGCAAGGCCUUGCCCAGUACGGCGACGUCGACAACGGUGUCGGCAUCGUUGAGUUCUGGGGCGGCAAGAUCGCAUACUUCUACUCUUCCCGCAUGAUGGCCGCUGGCCAGACCGACACAACUGAGAUUAUCGGCACACACGGCAAGAUUGUCGUCAAUGGCAACCCAGCGCAGAACCUCGUUGAGCACCACGAGGCUACCGGUAUCCGCCGCGAUGUCCCACAAACGUACUACGACCGUUUCGAGCAGGCUUUCGUGACGGAGUCGAACGAGUUCACUGAGGUGAUCCUUGACGGCAAGAGGCCACCGUUCCAGCUAAAUGGUGCUGUCGCUGCUCUUAAGGUUGGCGAUGCUCUGCAGGAGUCGCUCAGGACUGGCAAGAAGAUCAACUUCAACGAGAUUGGCGAGAGAAUUGUCGAGUCGAAGGCCCGUUUGUAG